AUGUCGGACGGCCAGUACUCGUUCAGCCUCACGACCUUCUCGCCUAGCGGAAAGCUGGUGCAGAUUGAGUAUGCGUUGAACCGCGUGCAGCAAGGCGCCCCUGCUUUGGGCAUCAAAGCGAAGAACGGAGUGGUCCUAGCAGCAGAAAAGAAGCUCCCAACUCCUCUCCUUGAACCUCAUACCAUCAGCAAAGUUGAUACCUUCACCCCCUCCGUCGGCUGCGUCUUCGCAGGAAUGCCGGCGGACUUCAGGGUGGUCCUCAAGAAGGGCAGAAAGGAAGCUGCUGCAUACGAACUUUAUUACAAAACCCCGAUGCCUACAAACCAGCUAGUGCAGGGAGUCGCCUCAGUUAUGCAGGAGUACACUCAAAGUGGGGGUGUGCGACCAUUUGGCAUUUCGUUGCUGGUGGCAGGAUACGACGACUUCGGGCCUCAGCUGUACCAGGUAGACCCCAGCGGCGCGUACUUUGGAUGGAAGGCGUCAGCAAUUGGCCGCGAUAUGCAAAACGCAAAGACUUUCCUGGAGAAGAGAUACACCUCAGAUAUAGAACUCGAAGACGCAAUUCACACCGCCAUUUUAACUCUACGUGAGGGAUUUGAGGGGGCGCUGACAGAGAAGUCAAUUGAAAUCGGAGUUAUAGGGGAAGAUCGCAAGUUUAGAGUGCUGACUCCAGCAGAGAUAAAAGACUACUUAAGCGAAGUGGAGGUCGGCACUGCCUAA